CACCGUGGUACAUCAAUCCUUCAUCGCGUUCUCCAUCGUGCCGUGGUGCCGUCCUCACCGUUCGUCAGCUCGAUUAAUCGGAAAAAUGGCCACUCGUCUGCUAAAAAUUAGCAGCGCGCUGCGUACAUAUUCCAACAAAACUAGCCUUGUAAAGGUAUCAAAACAAUGGCAAUCAACUGCUGCUUCUCUGAAAGAAACGCUUAUCAAUCAACCAGCUACAAGAGUUACAACUUUGGAUAGUGGAAUGAGAGUUGCCAGCGAAGAUAGUGGAGCUGCAACAGCUACUGUCGGUCUUUGGAUAGACUCUGGUAGUCGAUAUGAAACAGAUGACAACAAUGGUGUUGCUCAUUUCAUGGAACAUAUGGCUUUUAAGGGUACUGCUAAACGAUCUCAAACUGAUUUAGAAUUGGAAAUAGAGAAUAUGGGGGCACAUCUGAAUGCCUAUACAAGUCGAGAACAAACAGUGUUUUAUGCAAAAUGUUUAUCGCAGGAUGUACCAAAAGCCAUUGAGAUUCUCAGCGAUAUUAUACAAAAUUCUAAGCUGGGUGAAAAUGAGAUUGAAAGGGAGCGUGGUGUUAUCUUGCGUGAAAUGCAGGAGGUUGAAACAAAUUUGCAGGAAGUCGUAUUUGAUCAUUUGCAUGCCGCUGCAUAUCAAGGCACAUCCUUAGGACGGACAAUAUUAGGGCCUACGAAAAAUAUCAAAAGUAUUUCGCGAGAUGAUCUUAUUAAAUAUGUGAAAAAUCACUAUGGACCACCUAGAUUUGUACUAGCUGGUGCUGGCGGUGUGGAUCACAGUCAAUUAAUUGAACUUGCCAAUAAGCAUUUCGGCAAAAUGACAGGACCGGAAUAUGAUGAAAUUCCAGAUUAUAUUAAAUCUUGUCGCUAUACCGGCUCUGAAAUAAGAGUACGUGAUGAUACGAUUCCUCUCGCCCAUGUUGCGAUUGCUGUUGAAGGUGCUGGAUGGGCUGAGGCAGAUAAUAUUCCUCUGAUGGUUGCAAAUACCCUCAUAGGAGGAUGGGAUCGUAGUCAAGGAGGAGGAGUAAACAACGCAAGCAGUUUAGCUAAAGCUUGUGCAGAACAAGGCUUAUGCCAUAGUUAUCAGAGUUUUAAUACAUGUUACAAAGACACAGGACUCUGGGGAAUAUAUUUCGUUUGCGAUCCUAUGCAAUGUGAAGAUAUGACAUCGCAUAUUCAACAUGAAUGGAUGAAGCUAUGCACGUUGGUUACUGAGAAAGAUGUGGCACGUGCAAAAAAUAUUCUUAAAACCAAUAUGUUCUUACAGUUGGAUGGAACUACUGCUGUUUGUGAAGAUAUUGGCCGUCAAAUGUUAUGUUAUAAUCGCCGUAUUCCACUUCAUGAGCUCGAGAUGAGGAUAGAUAGUGUAACUGCUGAAACCAUUCAAAAUGUUGGUAUGAAAUAUAUUUUUGAUCACUGUCCAGUGAUCGCGGCAGUUGGUCCUGUUGAAAAUUUACCAGAUUACAAUAAUAUUCGUGGAGCUAUGUAUUGGCUCAGGGUGUAAUCAUCAACCCAUGAAUCAUUAAUAAAUUUUAGUAUAUUGGAAAUAAAAUAAAACUACAAUACGCAUAUGUCUACCCCUGAUAAAAUAUCCGUGUAAAUCUCGUUAAUAUUAAUAAAUACAAUUUCUAACAAUAUAAAAAUGGUGUCUUUCCCUAUAUGAGAUUGUAGUUUUAUUUUACCACGUAUUAACCAAGCAAAUGUUCAUCAAUGUAUGCUGUUUGGUGAAAAUAAACAUAGUCGAAAACA